GRAGAUUAUCAUGAGCUGGAGAAGUCCGCCAAACACCAAAGAAGAAGAAAACACCAGGCGCGCGGAAGUUAGCUCUAAAUUUGAAUCACAGAUAAAGCUAAGUCGCUGUCCGCAAUGAUUCAGUGUGAUAAAUUUCAAGACUUGGAGGAGACUGGAGAGGAUCUGGUGGGCUUCAUCAACAGCAGUCAGCUUGAAAAACUAAAACAAGCGAAGUUGGAACACCAGGUUUAUUAUGAUAAACACGUGGAAACUAUGAGGACCGUGACUCAGAUUUUAAAAGACACAACACAGAUUGAGGAGAGUGCAAGCAGGAGGCUGUUGGACAUGGAGGAGGAGAAGAAGCACAAGGAGGAGGAGUUGGAGAAUCUGGAGGUGCAGCUGAGACAGUGCACAGCCAAGAGUCAAAUCACUGACUCAGAAUAUCAAUUCCUGCAAAAGGAGCUGGAGAGUCUGAGGAGCAGUGAGCAGGAACUGGUGACUCUGCAGAAUGAGGUGGAUGAAGACACCACAGAGGUCAUCCCGUCAACAGUAUACGUGACUCAGUUGUACUACUUAAUAACCAAGAUCAAAUGGGAGUACGACACUCAGCCCAACAUUUUAAAAGGAGUGCAUUAUGGGGCUGACCUGGCGACUCCCAUUAACAUCGACACGUCCGCUCGCUCUCCGAAGGAAGUCAGCGACCAGCUGUGGCAGUUUGUCAGCACAGAAUGGUAGAUAGAAAGACGCUAGAGAUGUUUUGUUUGUUUGUGUACAUACUAAUUUGUACUGUCAUACGCAUCAUUUAUAAUUUCCUGAAUUAAAAAUUUUAAAUUUUUGA